GGUUGCUAAAGUUAAAAACAAAAAAUCAUGAUUCAUGGAGGAAUGAAUAUUACCAUCUGUGUGCAUAAAGAAAGGACAAGCGUGAAACCCACUCUCAUAAAAUCUCUUCCCCUUUUAUUUAUCUCUGUUUUUGAGAACUGAGUGAUCUCCAUUCAGAUUGGAGAGAGAGAUUAUGGGGUUCACUUUACUUUUCUCUUCUUUUCUCGUUUACUGAACACACACAGAAGAAAGCAGCAGCAGCAGCGGCAGCCCAUUCUUCUUCUUCAAGUAUGGCUGUGGGGCAGAACGCUGCACAGAAAUCGUUGUUUGAUGCGCUUUACUGCGAAGAACAAAGCGAAAUCGUUCAGGAUUUCCCUACCAGAGGCAGAGAGAGAAAUCUCCUCCUCCCCUCUCUGCUUUUCCUGGAACACGAUUUGUUCUGGGACGAUGAAGAGCUUCGCUCCCUUUUCCGCAAAGAGAGAGAGAUCAAAAUCGAACCCGAAACCUGUCUCCACCGCGAAUCACGCUUUUCUCUUUCGAGAAGAGAAGCCGUCGUGUGCAUCCUCAAAAUCAAUAGAAAUCACGGUUUCUCAACCCUAACUGCGAUUCUCGCAGUCAACUAUCUCGACAGAUUCCUCUCCAGCUGCGUCGGUUUUCAGAGAGAGAAGCCAUGGAUGAUGCAGCUCGCUGCUGUUGCUUGCCUCUCUUUAGCUGCUAAAGUUGAAGAAACUCACGUUCCUCUUCUCCUAGACCUUCAAGUGGGGGAUUCGAAGUAUGUGUUCGAGGCGAAAACCAUACAGAGAAUGGAGCUGUUGGUGCUCUCAUCCCUGAAAUGGAGGAUGAAUGCAGUGACCCCACUUUCAUUUCUUGAUCACAUUGUGAGAAGGCUUGGGCUGAAGAGCUAUGUUCACUGGGAAUUUCUCCGGAGCUGUGAAGAUCUCCUCCUCUCUGUUCUUCCCGAUUCAAGAAUGGUAUGUUAUCUGCCAUCUGUAGUGGCUGCACUGGCCACAGCCACAAUGCUUCACGUUAUUCAUCAACUGCAAGUUGAGCUUCGCAAUGGCAAUGCCUUUGACUAUGAAAACCACCUUCUUACUCUGCUCAAAACAACCAAGGUGCAGGAGGAAGUGGAUGAUUGCUAUGAAGUGAUAUCAGAUGUAGUUUCAAAAGCUGAAAUGAGUGGUUGUGAUAAUGAGUCAUGGGUUGGAGUAACAUCAUCCCCAUGCUCGUGCAUUUCUUCUUGUUCUUCUUCUUCAACACCCCAACAGCAACAGCAGCCUAUUUUCAAGAAAAGGAGAGUUGAAGAACAGCAGAUGAAAUUGCCAUCACUGAUGAGCAGAGUUUUUGUGGAUGUUGUUGUUGCCACCCCUCAUUAAUCAGAAUCUCAUUCUCUCUCUCUCUCUAGAAUUAAAACUUGUCUACUGCAUUCAUGAUUUAUGUUAGUACAAUUUGUAUGGGAGUAAAAGUUAAAAUUGGUGUCCAUCAAGAAACAAGAGGAGAAGGUAUGUAGAUAAAGAGAAAGAGAGAGAGAGAGAGUUAUUGGUAGUUGGGGAGUGGGAGAAAGAGUAAAAAGGACGGAGAAGCAAUGAAGAAUGUCUGCACUCUCUGUUUCUCUAUUUCUGUUCAAUUACAUAUUUAUUUCCCUUUUCUGUC